AUGUCUCCAAGCCCCGCUCUGAAGCGCAAGUUGGCGGAAUCUCGCAUAAAUGCUACGACUAAGCGCCAUCUUCAUGGAUAUGAUCCACAAUCCCCAUGGUUACAUGAGUCCGAACCUGUUGGGAUAUGGCGGACGCGGGGAAAUCCCGAUGUGCAGCACUCGAUGCCCUUGUCAAAUAUGGUAGCUGCAGUCCAAGACCUGAUAGACCCGGACUUUGAUCCACUGACGGCGAUGCUGGACGACGAGCCCCGGUUUUUGAAACCCUUACCGGCUCGCAUCGCCCCGGAGGACUUAGAAUUUUUAAGAUUUCGUGGUGCACUAUCACUUCCAGAAAGUGGACUACGGGAUGAGCUUCUUCGUUGCUACAUUCAAUGGGUGCACAGUUUCAUGCCAGUUUUGAAUCUGCAAGAAUUCCUACGAUGUGUGGCGGAAAAUGACCCAGAGGGAAAUGUUAGCAUUUUACUGUUUCAGGCAGUGAUGUUUGUUGGUACGGCUUUUGUCGACCUUAAGCACCUGCAGGAUGCUGGAUAUCCAACAAGAAAGAGUGCGCGCAACGCGUUCUUCACUCGAUUGAGGUUACUAUAUUCUCUUGACUGCGAAGAGGAUCGUAUUGAGAUUCUCCAAACACUACUAUUGAUGACCUACUGGGCAGAUUCCGAGAACAGUCCACAGCGAGAUAUUUGGGAUUGGAUUGGAGUCUGUAACACACAAGCACAGUCCAUUGGUUUAAAUAAAGACCCUGCAUCAGGUGAAAUUGAUAUACGGACUCGAAGGCUCCGUUCUCGGCUCUGGUGGUGUCUAUACUCUCGAGAUCGGCUGAUUGCCAUGGGCAUGCGGCGCCCACUGCAGGUUAACGAUGGAACGAGCAGUGUCCCGAUGCUCAGACUGGACGAUUUUGAUUUUGAACCGUUCUCUCCAUAUGUGGUGGCCAAAUUCUAUUGCCGCCAACUACAAGACGUGUCACAUCAAAAACGCCUCGCUACCAUGUUCAUUGAGAAGGUGAAGCUCUGUCAAUGUAUUGGUAGAGUAUUAUUCGCACAGUAUACACCAUCCCAGCGCCAAUUUGGAGCUACAGACCGGACUACAGUCACACUUAUUCCUCGGCAAGCUUCCGAGUCUGAGUUUGCGCGAUGCGGCCAAAAACUUGACUCGUGGCUUAGUGCGCUCCCUAAAGAUGCACAAUUCAUUCCAAAAUCGGGGAAGGAUUUCCAUGAUGGUGAGGAUGUGCUACUGCUUCAUGGUGCAAUGCUACGUAUGCUCUACCAUGCUACUAGCAGCGCACUUCACCGGCCUUGGGCGACUGCUUCGAAAGAUCAAUCUAAAUCGCGGACGGAAUGGCGCAAUGCUGCCCGCACAAAAAUGAACGAUGCUGCUGCUGGGAUCACUCAUAUCAUUCAAGGCUUAAAUAAGCUCAGCCUGACACGUUUCUUACCACAAUCUGGAGUGACUGUGAUUCUACCUGCCGCUGUGGCACAUUUAACCAACACCAUGUCGGACGACCCCGCUGUCCGCGAAAGCAGUGUCGACAAUUUCCAUCGCUGCAUCCAAGUCCUCCACUGUCUGAAGGAUAUAUAUCCAGCCGCCGUUCAAGAGUUUGCCAACAUCGAGGCCGCCAUCAGAAUGCAGGCAGGUUCCUCCAGUACAUUCUUCCAGGUCAUGGAAUACAACCUCGAUGCGCCUGCUACAUCUUUGGCAACCAGGAAACCAAGCACCGCCUCCUCCACCCCUCAACCCCAACCACAUCAACCUGUUACCCUAACCGAAACUUCUAAGGUUCCAGCACAAUCAUCUAUCCAAGGGAACCUGCAUCAAAGAAAGCCCAGCGUCGAGACCGAACAUGAAGCCGCGCCACCUUUAUUCCCCAGUGAUCUCAACUAUUAUGACGACCUAAGAAUCAUAGACAACAAUCCUUUCAACUUUCUCUCCAUUGACAUUGACUCCUUCCCCGACAUCCAAACCCCUCCCAAUCAAAAUAACCCCAGCAACUCAGAUAAACCCUAUAUGUCACCCCCACCCCAAGACCAAGACACCAUCGACUGGGCACAAGAACUGUUUAAAGACACCGAUGUCAAUCAUUACAGUAACACAGAGAUCUUUCGCAAGCCCCAGAAAGCAAAUUCUCCACAAAAUCAAGAGAACAGCCAUCACGAUCCGUUCUCUUAUAGUUUGGAGGAUGCAAAUGAUGUCUGCUCCGUGCAUUCUCGUCAUCAGUCACUGAACGAUACAAGGCCGGGAAUCACCGGCGAUCUGGAUCGGGACUUGGGGUUCCAGUCUGGGGAUGAUAUGUUCUAG